AUGAUCAAGAAUUUACUGUAUAAUCUAUAUUCUCUUCCGGACUGUGACACGCAUUCUGCUUACGCUCAAGAAAGUAUUGACGUUGUUCCAAUGGACAUAGAUACAUGGUCCCCCUCCUCUCACAAACAAACUGCAAGCUUCACAAAUUCACAUAUAAUGCACUUGCAAAGCGUAACCAACACUGCACAAUUACCUCAGUUGACGUUCUCCUCCCUUUGUCCAUCACGGGUUACUAAAAUUGAUCCCUUCGAUCUAUCGGAUCUUACGAAGGCACUUCCCAGGUAUUAUCCGCCGGCGCCCUCAGUAGAGGAACAGUUAGCGCAACAGUUCACCAAGUUACGGUUGUGA